AUGGCACCCAAGAACAAGGCAAAGAAAGGGAAAAAGCAGGACGAUGACGAGUUCUGGGAGAACGCUGGCACCACCGUUACCGGCGACAACGCUGGGACAUCGCUCGCUGCUGCAGACGCAUCCGACGAUGACCUCAAAUCGGCACGUAAAGGCAGCGGCUUCUCCGCCUUUGCCCAGCUGGGCGUGGAGCACGGCGGCGCAGGCGGCGAGGACGAAGACUUCGGCGGGUUGAUGUCCGCUAUCAAGGCGUCCUCGAAAAACAAGAAGGAUAAGAAGGGCAAGAAGCCACCUGCGGUGACCUCCGUGUCCUUCGCAGAUGGCCCGUCACCUGGCAAUGGCUCGGAUGGUGAGGCCGCCGCGGCGCAAGGCGACAUCAGUGCACCGAGGAAACCUGUGGAAAUGACCGCUGACGAUCUCGCGGACGAGGAAUGGGGACCUGCGAAGGGGAAGGGUAAGAAGGCAAAGAAAAGCAAGGGAAAGAAGGGCAAAACUCCGGAUGAGGAUCUCGACCAGGAGCCAGCUGCUGCAGAGAGUGAGGUAGCGCCUGAAGAAGCUGUGGCACCAGCACCAGCGGAGCCAAAAGACGAGGAUGAGGCGGACGAGGAUGCGGGCGACGACGCAGGUCCGAAGGUCUUGUCAAAGAAGGAGAAGGAGAAGCUGAAGAAGGAGCGCGAAAAGGCCAAGAAAAAGGCGCAGGCAGCAGCGAAAAAGACUGCACAAGGAGAUGCAGCUCCCCAACCCGCCGAAGUUCCCGCGACCGCGACCGCUAUCGCGCCUACACCUGCGGAGAAGGAGGAAGAAGAGGAGGAGGAGGAGGCUGAGGCGGGCGGUGCGAAAGCCGAUUCGAAGAAGAAGAAAAAGAAGAAGGCCAAGAAAGAUGAGGAGCCCGUACCCGCGCCUGCUGCAGGGAAGAAGAAGGGCGCGUCUGGUAUCAGUGCGCUGAAGGCGCUGAUGGAGGAGAAGAAGCGACUGGAGGAGGAGGCGCGGAGGCAGGAAGAGGAAGAGAGGAAGAGGAUUGAAGAAGAGGAACGGAAGGCGGAGGAAGAAGCGCGGAGAAAGGAGGAGGAGAAGCAGCGGAAGAAAGAGAAGGAGAAGGCGAAGCGAGAGCUUGCUAAGAAGGAGGGACGCCUCCUGACCAAGAAGCAGAAGGAGGAGCAAAGGGCAGCCGAGUUGCGCAAGCAAGCUCUUCUUGCUUCUGGAGUUCAGAUCGAAGGUCUGCAACAGGCUUUCAGUACACACCCAGCCAAGAAGGUCGUCUACGGCAACCGCAAGAAGAAGGCUCCCGCGAGCGCAACCGGUAGCGGUCCCGCCACCCGAGAACACUCGCCUGUACGGGAGGAGAAGCCACCAAUCGCCGAACCUGUCGCACAGCCAAGCGAAGAGAGUGCGGAGAAGGUUGAGGGUGUCAAGGACGAUUGGGAUGCAAGCAGCGACGAAGAGCAGAAGCUAGCAGAGGGUGUGAAGGAGUCUUGGGACGAAAGCAGUGGCGAUGAAGAAGGGGAAGCUGCGAAACCAUCUCCUACUGCCAACGGUGCGGCUAAAGCAGCAUCGUCUUCGAAACCAGCAACAGCGGAGAAGGCAGCGUCUGCCAAAGCUGCUCCAAAGAAACCAGUACCCGCUGCGGCAGCCCCUUCAAAGGCUCGUGCACCUGCCAAAGCAAAAGGCGCUAGUACAAAUGGGCCCAAGAAAGCAGAAUCCGAGUCAGAGGAAGAGAGCUCCUCGGAAGGGGAGUCAGAGGAAGAGUCGGAUUCUGAGGAAGACUCUGACUCUUCGGAAGAGGAGUCAGGUUCCGAUGGCAUGACGAACACCCAGCGCAUGGCAGCAAAGAAGAAACUCGAGGCGGCUGAACGGCGGGCAAAGGCUCAUGAGGCAGCACUUGCUGCCAGGAACAAGGACGAUCUGCGGAGCCCCAUUUGCUGUAUCUUGGGUCACGUCGAUACUGGUAAAACGAAGCUCUUGGAUAAGAUUCGUCAAACAAAUGUGCAAGAGGGAGAAGCUGGCGGUAUCACGCAACAAAUAGGUGCAACUUACUUCCCUGCUGACGCAAUCAAGACCAAGACGGCGAUUCUCAACAAGGAUGGGCACCAAGAUUACAAGAUUCCUGGUCUCUUGGUUAUCGAUACUCCUGGUCACGAGUCCUUUACGAACUUACGUUCUCGUGGAAGUUCGCUAUGUAACAUUGCUAUUCUUGUCGUCGAUAUCAUGCAUGGUCUUGAGCCACAAACACUAGAGUCUCUACGCUUACUGAGAGACCGGAAAACGCCAUUCAUCGUCGCCCUGAACAAGAUUGAUCGUAUGUAUGGCUGGCAAGCUACUCCCGAUAAUGACUUCCACAGCUCUCUGGCGAAGCAGAGUGGCGCCGUGCAGCGAGAAUUCGAGGAUCGCGUCGAGAAGACGAUCCUCGCGUUCGCUGAACAAGGGUUGAACGCCGUUCUCUAUUACGACAACAAGAACUUUGCGCGCAACGUCUCUCUGGUUCCGACGUCCGCCAUCACCGGAGAGGGUAUUCCGGACAUGAUCAUGCUCCUCGUGAAUCUCACUCAGCAGCGGAUGAGUGAUCGUCUAAUGUACUUGUCGGAGCUCGAGUGUACAGUGUUGGAAGUCAAGGUCAUCGAGGGUCUCGGAACGACCAUUGAUGUCGUCUUGUCCAACGGCAUUCUGCACGAAGGGGACAAGAUCGUCGUGUGCGGUCUGAACGGACCAAUCGUCACUCAAAUUCGUGCGUUAUUGACACCGCAGCCUCUCCGUGAACUCCGUAUCAAGUCUGCAUAUGUUCACCACAAGGAGGUGAAGGCCGCUCUUGGUGUUAAGCUCGUGGCUCCCGAUCUUGAGAAGGCUAUUGCUGGUUCCCGCCUCCUUGUCGUUGGCCCGGAUGACGAUGAAGACGACCUCAUGGAAGAAGUCAUGUCUGACCUGACAACUCUGCUGAACUCAAUUGACAAGUCCGGCCGUGGAGUGUGUGUGCAAGCAAGUACGCUGGGUUCGCUGGAGGCGCUGCUGGACUUCCUGAAGAGCAGCAAGAUUCCUGUCUCUGGAAUCAACAUCGGUCCGGUCCACAAGAGGGACGUCAUGCGUGCGGCGACGAUGCUGGAGAGGGCGAGAGAACUCGCUUGUAUUCUUUGCUUCGAUGUCGUGGUCGAUAGGGAAGCGGAGAAGCUGGCGGAAGAGAUGGGCAUUCGUCUAUUCAAAGCGGACAUCAUCUACCACCUCUUCGACGCCUUCACUGCUUACAACAAUGAGAUCACGGAGGCUAAGCGGAGAGAUGCUGCUCCUCAAGCGGUCUGGCCUUGUAGGCUCAAGAUCAUCGCUGCAUUCUGUAAGCGUGACCCAAUUAUUCUGGGUGUCGAUAUCCUCGAUGGCACAUUGCGUGUUGGAACGCCCAUUUGUGUCGUGAAGGUGGAUCCAGAAACGCAGAAAAAGGAUAUUAUCGAUCUUGGCAAAAUCACAUCGUUGGAGAUCAACCACAAGGCGUUUGAUAUCGUGAAGAAAUCCCAGGCCGGUGGUGGCGUCGCGGUCAAGAUCGAGCAUGCCGUCUACCAGUCUGCGAAGAUGUUUGGCCGUCACUUUGACGAUAAAGAUGAAUUAUACUCCCGCAUUACGCGGCAGAGUAUCGAUGUGUUGAAGGCAUCUUUCAAGACAGAUGUGACGAACGAAGAGUGGCUGUUGAUCAAGGCGUUGAAACCGCGUCUCAACAUCCAGUGA